AUGGCUGUAACAACUUCGACUUGUGGCCAUCCCUUGCCCUUAAGCCUUUCUCCCUGUUCCCUCCUCUUUUUCUCGCUUCGUUUUCCGCACCCUCAGGCUCUAAUUUUCCCCCUCUGCCCUCUCAUAUCUGCUCUCUCUCUUCUCCGCACGCCCUCUCCAUUGUCCUCUGCAGCAGCUCACAUGAUGAAGGCAGCGCGUGGCGACGACUCAGUGAAAAGCAUCAUGACUCACCGUAGCCUGCUGAGAAGCACGAAGCUGAAAGGAGCGUUUGGGGAAGGCACAGAGGCGGAGACAGCGAGCAGGAAGGCCAAUGCACGGAUUGCGCAAGAGACCACCACCACCACAGGCAGCACCGGUAGCAUUGGAAGCACCACCGGCAGCACCAGUGCCACCUGCAAGACCGUGCAAAACCCUGGCUCUGGCGUGUUGCCGGUGCCUUACUGCGCGUGCCCUAAAGGCUAUGGCCUGACGGCCACCGGCUGUGUCAAGGGUGAGACUCCUCUCUCUCUCUCCUCACUCGCCCCACUCUCUUCUCACUCGCCCUGCUGUCUCCUCUCCACACUCCCAUUCGUGUAUUGCCCCACUACCCCACUAUCCCCUCUCCCCACCAUCGCCUCUCUCCCCACUCUUCCGUCUCCCACUCUUCCGUCUCCCACUCUUCCGUCUCCCACUCUUCCGUCUCCCACUCUUCCGUCUCCCACUCUUCCGUCUCCCACUCUUCCGUCUCCCACUCUUCCGUCUCCCACUCUUCCGUCUCCCACUCUUCCGUCUCCCACUCUUCCGUCUCCCACUCUUCCGUCUCCCACUCUUCCGUCUCCCACUCUUCCGUCUCCCACUCUUCCGUCUCCCACUCUUCCGUCUCCCACUCUUCCGUCUCCCACUCUUCCGUCUCCCACUCUUCCGUCUCCCACUCUUCCGUCUCCCACUCUUCCGUCUCCCACUCUUCCGUCUCCCACUCUUCCGUCUCCCACUCUCCCCACUCCCACUCUCCCCACUCCCACUCUCCCCACUCCCACUCUUCCGUCUCCCACUCUUCCGUCUCCCACUCUUCCGUCUCCCACUCUUCCGUCUCCCACUCUCCUGUCUCCCACUCUCCCCACUCCCACUCUCCCCACUCCCACUCUUCCGUCUUCCACUCUCCCGUCUCCCACUCUUCCGUCUCCCACUCUCCUGUCUCCCACUCUCCCCACUCCCACUCUCCCCACUCCCACUCUUCCGUCUUCCACUCUCCCGUCUCCCACUCUCCCCACUCCCACUCUCCCGUCUCCCACUCUCCCGUCUCCCACUCUCCCGUCUCCCACUCUUCCGUCUCCCACUCUCCCCACUCCCACUCUCCCCACUCCCACUCUCCUCACUCCCACUCUCCUCACUCCCACUCUCCCCACUCCCACUCUCCCCACUCCCACUCUCCCACUCCCCCUCUCCACUCUCCCACCCCCCCCUCUCCCCUCUCCCACUCUCCCCUUCCCCACUCUCCCCUUCCCCACUCCCCCCUCUCCCCACUCCCCACUCUCCCCACCCACCCCACUCUGUCCUUCACCUUUCUCUCUCUGUCAAGUUGGCUGA